AUGCCGCAUUAAUCUCCAAACAACCACGCGUUAAAGUCCCACCCGCAAUCACCAAAUAACCCAUCCGCAGCCGCCAACUCUCGCCCUCUGCCCCUGUCUCCCCCGCGGCGGGGGAUCUCAUCCCGGCCAUCCUCUGCCUCGGAGACCCCCGGAUUUCCCUAUUUGGUUUGAUCAUCAUCUUUCUGAGCUUUUUUGUGCUACUUUCCUUAAUUUUCUUCCUGGCCGCCGGUCCAGUCCAAUCCCCAUCCACAACCGCAGUCCCUCGCUCUUCGCCGCCGCCGUGGGGAUUCCCGGCUUGCCCCCCGUAGCCCGCGAUCUUUUGCCCUCGGAGUCGCUCGGAUUCCGUGCUGCGGCUGGUUGGGAUUCCCUUUCUGCACCCUCAGCUGGAGCAACCCCUACCGAAAUCCUCUGUUCAGCAAUAAAAAAAACAAUUCCAGUUUUGGGCAAGGGAACCGCUCUCCCACUUCAUUCCCCAGCUUUGCACCGUCCGGCGAGUCCAAAUGGGGGUGCAGCAAUCCAAGGAGGAGCUGCUGUACCAGCAGGUGAACUACGGCAACAUCGAGGGGAUUCGGAACCUCCGGGCGCAGGGCGCGGGCGUUGAGUGGAUUGACAAGGAAGGGAAGACGCCCCUGAUGGUCGCCAGCAUGCGCCCUGAUCUGCUGAAUGUGGCUAAAGCUUUGAUUGAAUUGGGUGCAAAUGUGAAUGCGUAUCGGCCUGGAUCACACGCUGGGACUGCAUUGCACCAUGCUGCCAAAAAAGGACUUGAUCCGACUGUCCAUUUACUUCUCUCACAUGGAGCUAACCCAUUCAUAACAAAUGAUGACUGCAAUACCGCACUUGACCUGGCUAGAGAAAAGGGUCAUGUGAACGUUGUAAGGGCCAUAGAGGGACGGAUUUCUCUUUUUUCUGGAUGGAUGAGGGACAAUUAUGGUCCUGGUUUCUUGGAAGCGUUUGCUCCUCAGUUCAUGACUAGGAAGAUUUGGGCAGUGAUUUUACCGCGUGAAGCACGGAGCCCGACAAGACCUGUCAAGCUUGAGUUAGCUAUAUAUCCUGAAUUGCAGGCUGCUAAACCUCGUGUUGUUGUCAAACUUUGGAAAUCUCAACUUGAGGAACCAAAGUAUAAUCUGGCUGAUCCUUCCAUGACAAUUUUUGACAAAGUUACAAAAUCUAGAUACAAGCUUUUACCGGCUUAUGAAGGUGACAAGCAGCAGCUUCGAUCAUUUUAUAGUGCAUGUUGUGGCAUGGCACAGGUUGCCAGCAUGGUUCCUGCACGACCAGUGAAUGCCCCCAGUCCAAAUCCAAUUCCAAAUCUGUCUUUGGCACCUUCAGCGGAGUCGACUCCCAGUAAGGAGGAUCUUGAGUUAGCGAUGGCUAUCAAUGCCUCCAUCCAAUCAGCUAUAGCAGAGGGGGUGCCCAAUGUGCAGCCAAUGACAUCAACGAACAGCUCUCUCAACGGAUGGGGCUCACCAGAUUCUCCAGCGCCUUCAAAAACGAGUGGCCAAGCACAGGUUGAUGCUCCAAGCAGCAGCAAAUACAACGGAUGGGAUGUACCUGGAACAAGCUCUAACCAAAGUUCAUCGAAACCUAACAAAAGUCAAAACAACAACCCUUCGAUUGUGAUUACACCUGAGGCACUUCCGGUUCCAACACCAACUGCACUUCCGGUUCCAACACCAACUGUACUUCCAACUCUUCCAACACCAACUGCGCCACCACUUGCUGAAGGAACCUUCUACGAUGGCCCUAUUGAGUAUCCGUCCAUAGAUUUCACACCAGUUGAUGUAACCAUGCCACCCACGGAAGGUGGUGGUACGGCGCUAAACUCUGCAAAACCUGUAGAAAAUGGAGCCGAUGCAAGCAGCAGUGGUAACACCCCCUCUGGUACUUGUGUGAUUUGCUUGGAUGCUCCUGUGGAAGGAGCCUGCAUUCCAUGUGGUCACAUGGCUGGUUGCAUGUCCUGCUUGAAGGAUAUCGAGUCGAAGAAAUGGGGGUGCCCCAUUUGUCGUGCCAAGAUCAACCAGAUUAUCCGCCUGUAUGCGGUUUGAACAGCUAAAACAAUGAAGCGGCAUGUCACACACAUCAUUGAUGGGUGCUUCCCCCUAUUAAGUUCUGAUACGAGAAGUAAUGUUAUAUUGCUGUUGCAGGUGUACUAUUACAAAUUAUUCCUUUCGUUUUAUGUGAUCUUGAAGCUACAACACUGAAAGCAACUCAUGUAUAUAGUUUUAAGACUUCCUGUUCUGUAUCGAAGAGUGUGCUCGUAUUUGUCAUGAUCAGAGAAAUUCAGUUCAA